AAUUGCACAGAACAAACGCUAUAUUCAUCUGCUGCAGCCUGCAGUCACUGGAAAUCCCUGCAGCAAGAAACUCCUGCGUACUUUUCCCCCCUCACACACAGUGUGAGUGUGAGCGGCUGAGAGCACAAUGCCACUCGUGCCACGGGGCGAAAACAGGCGCAGCGCCUGCACUGUUGCGCCAACAAUGUGGAGAACGUGGAGUGUUUUUUGCGCAUGGAGUCUUCUGUUCCUCACAGAGGUCUGUGCGCAGUCUCAGCGGAGUAGACCAGUCUUCGGAUGUGGUGGAAACGUCACAGGAGAGUCUGGAGUAAUCGGGAGCCAGGGAUACCCAGGAGUUUACCCCCCAAAUACCAAGUGUGUGUGGAGAAUCACAGUCCCUGAGGGUAAGGUGGUGGUGUUGUCCUUCCGCUUCAUUGACCUGGAGAGCGACAACCUGUGCCGCUACGACUAUGUGGACGUUUACAGUGGACACGCCAAUGGGCAGAGGCUAGGCCGCUUCUGUGGGACGUUCAAACCGGGAGCCCUGGUCUCCACGGGCAACAAGAUGCUCCUGCAGAUGGUGUCUGAUGCCAACACGGCCGGGAGUGGUUUCCUGACCGUCUUCUCCGCUGCCCAUCCUCAUGAGAGAGGGGACCAGUACUGUGGAGGCAGACUGGACAAGCCCGGUGGCAGCUUCAAAACACCCAACUGGCCGGAGAAGGACUACCCAGCCGGUGUGACCUGCUCCUGGCACAUAGUGGCACCAAAAAACCAGAUCAUUGAAGUCAAGUUUGAGAAGUUUGACGUGGAACGAGAUAACUACUGCCGCUACGACCACGUCUCCAUUUUCAACGGGGCCGAGAUCAACGACGCGAAGAGGAUCGGGAAAUACUGCGGCGACAGCCCCCCAGAGCCGGUGUUCUCCGAGGGGAACCAGCUCCUAAUCCAGUUCCUGUCAGAUCUCAGCCUCACAGCGGACGGCUUCAUUGGACACUACAAGUUCCGACCCAAGAAGUUCCCCACCACCACCACGCCACCCACCACUACCACACAGCCAGUCACCACCAGGGCCAUACCUCUGAAGUACUCCGUCGCCCUGUGUCAGCAGAAAUGCAAACGGCGGGGAACACUUGAAAGUAAUUACUGCUCCAGCAAUUUUGUAAUUUCCGGGACGGUCAUUACGGCGGUGAUGAGAGGAGGAAGCACGUACGCCACCGUCUCCAUCAUCAACGUGUAUAAAGAAGGCAGUCUGGCCAUCCAGCAGGCAGGAAAGACCAUGAGCACCAAGAUCAUUAUCUUGUGCAAGAAGUGCCCAUUCAUCCGGAGAGGCUUGAACUACAUCUUCAUGGGCCAUGUGGACGAGGACGGCCGGGGCAAGAUCGCACCGCACCACUUCGUCAUGGUGUUCAAGUCCAAGAACCAGAAGGGACUCGGCGUUCUGAAAAACAAGCGCUGCUGAGCUCCAGUAGCUGCGAGGAUCGCCGCUCAAGUGCCAGGCCUGAUGGAAACAAUUAGGUAAAAAAAAAAGAAAGAAAGAAAAAGAAAUUAAAGAAAACUCCAGCUCAACAACAACAACAACAAACAAACACAGGCCAGAAAAAAAAACUAAAGUGAAUAUGAACACAGAACUGCCACCUCAGAUUUUAAAAUCUACAUUUCUAUGAAUUUAAAGGGAAGUUUAAGAUUAUUUUUUAUCGAUCAAUUUCACUCUGAAUUAAAGACAAGAACUAGUCAGUUAAUCUCCUUUUACAGCCACAGAUUAAUAAGCAAUGUGAUAUUCUGCAUAGACCAGUCCUGUCCCACAGUUCACAGAAUUAUGUGUAUUAAUCAGAUUGUUACAAAUGUAACAAAUUACAAACUUACCUAGUAAGUAAGUGUUGAGUGCAAUGUAAAUUAAGAUUGGGAUUUAAAAGGUUGAUUUAAUGACAAUAUGUGGCAGAAUAAUGAAUAUCUCAACAUCUGACAUUAUUAAAUGUGGUGAUUAAAGUGCAAUAUUUAAUAUAUAUGCAGUACAUGACUUUUUUAAAGAAGAUUUUAAGGGUUUUUAUGUGAAACAAUGAUUUUUUUUUAAUGCUAAAGCUCUUCCUUAGUUUGUUUACAGAUGCGAAGCACCACCGUUAGUGUACGUCAUUUUACCCACUGUCAUUAUUUUAUGAGGAAGACGUGUGAAAGGGAAAACAAAAAUAUUUUCAUAUGAAAAGGUCUGUGAAUAUUAUUUAUACUUUAUUGUUCUCACCUGCUCAAAUAAAAGUUGUGUAACGUU